ACGUAAAAUAUGGAGGCCGUAUUAUAUAUAGUAGAACAGUACAAGAGGUGGAAAAGGCUGCAGAAGAGCUUCUAGAUUUUGUGGAAACUAAGAAAAGAAAGGAGGGCGAGUGCAUCCUUGGUAUUGAUAUUGAGUGGAAGCCGUCAUUCAUAAGAGGUGUUUCCCCUGGGAAGGCUGCAGUUAUGCAGAUAUGUGGAGACAAUAGUUGUUGCCAUGUGUUGCACAUUUUUCACUCUGGCAUUCCUAAAAAGUUGCGAACUUUGCUUGAGGACUACUCUUCUUUGAAGGUGGGGGUGGGUAUUGCAAAUGAUGCAACUAAGGUCCAUCGUGAUUAUAAUACAUUAAUUAAUAACUUAGAAGAUCUUUCCGAUCUAGCCAAUCGAAAGCUCGAUGGGAAACCCAAAAAGUGGAGUCUAUCAUCGCUAUCUGAGAUGGUCAUUUGCAGACAGAUUCCCAAGCCAGGUAAAAUCAGGCUGGGAAAUUGGGAAGCUCGUGUUCUAUCUAGAGAACAAAUAAAAUAUGCUGUCAUUGAUGCAUAUGUCUCUUGGUACCUGUAUCAG